UCCAACAUGGCGGCGCCUGGAUGCAGGGGAAGCACGUGAAGGAGUCCGGACACCCGCGAAUUAGAGAGUGCAAGUGCCAAGUGUGUGAGCUACGACCCUUCUAGAAGUCCUUGAGGGCUUCUGCCGCCUCUGUAGCCAUGAAAACAAAACCGGUUUCCCACAAGACGGAGAACACUUACCGGUUUCUUACAUUUGCUGAACGACUGGGGAAUGUGAAUAUUGACAUUAUUCACAGGAUUGAUAGAACUGCAAGUUAUGAUGAGGAGGUUGAAACCUACUUUUUUGAAGGUCUGCUAAAAUGGAGAGAAUUGAACCUUACGGAACACUUUGGAAAAUUUUACAAAGAAGUUAUUGACAAAUGCCAGUCGUUCAAUCAGUUGGUUUAUCAUCAAAAUGAGAUUGUUCAGAGUUUGAAGACUCACCUGAAAAUCAAGAACAGUUUUGCCUACCAACCUCUUUUAGACUUGGUUGUCCAGUUGGCACGAGACCUGCAGACAGACUUCUAUCCACACUUCCAGGAUUUUUUUCUGACCAUCACCUCAAUCCUGGAGACUCAGGACACGGAGCUGUUAGAAUGGGCUUUUACCUCACUGGCCUAUCUUUACAAAUACUUGUGGAGACUCAUGGUGAAGGACAUGCCCAAUAUAUACAGUAUAUACAGUACACUUCUGGCUCAUAAAAAACUACAUAUAAGAAACUUUGCUGCUGAAAGCUUUACUUUUUUGAUGAGAAAGGUCUCUGAUAAAAAUGAGCUUUUCAAUUUAAUGUUUCUUGAUCUUGAUGAACAUCCAGCAAAGGUGGAAGGAGUUGGACAGUUGCUCUUUGAAAUGUGCAAAGGAGUUAGGAAUAUGUUUCAUUCUUGUACAGAGAAGGCGGUGAAGCUGAUUUUGCAAAAGCUAGGGCCAGCUACUGAAAUAGAAACUGAGUUACCAUGGAUUUUAGUUGGAGAAACACUCAAAAGCAUGGUCAGAUCCACUGCAGUCUAUAUCUACAAAGAGCAUUUUGGUAUAUUUUUUGAAUGUUUACAAGAAUCACUUCUGGAUCUACAUACAAAAGUAACCCAAACUAAUUGUGGUGAAAUUUCUGAACAAAUAAAAAGGUUGUUAGAAACUUACCUAAUACUUGUGAAACAUGGAAAUGGAUCCAGGGUAACCAGUCCUGUCAGUGUCUGUAAGGCAUUGUCUCAAACAUUGCAAAUAGCCAAUCUCUCCACAUCUUGCCGAAAGACCCUCUUGGAUAUAAUUUCUGCUUUGAUUCUUGGUGAAAAUCUUUUCUUGCCAGAGACUCUUAUCAAGGAAACCAUAGAAAAAACUUUUGAAAGUGGACUUGAAAGACGUUUAAUUUUGGAUUUUUCUGAAGUCAUGUUCACUAUGGAACAGUUUGAGCAGCUCUUUCUACCCAGUUUUCUCCCAUAUAUUGAGAAUUGCCUCUCUGUGGAUGAUAUACUGGUCCAAGAUGAAGCUCUGGCUAUUUUGGCUAAGCUCAUUUUGAACAAAGCAGCACCUCCCACUGCUGGCUCUAUGGCAGUUGAAAAGUACCCUCUUGCUUUCUCACAGCAGACAGUGGGGCAAAGGAAGACUAGAUCCCAAGGAAGAAAGGAACAGAUGACAAUAUUGGACUAUCUUUUAUCUUUGAUUCAGUUACCUCCAAAUAAAGAUGCUUGCCUUUCACGUUCUUGGGCAGCUCUUGUUGUGUUACCACAUAUUAGACCUCUGGAAAAAGAGAAGGUGAUUCCACUCCUCACCAACUUCAUAGAAUUCCACUUCCAGACUGUUGACAGAAGGAGCUUUGGAAAAGGUGAUUUAUUUGUUCUUUGUCAAGCUGUAAAUACUAUGCUGAGUUUGGAAGAAUCUUCUGAACUUCUCCAUUUGGUUUCUGUGGAACAUGUGAAAAAUUUAGUGUUAAUGUUUCCCAUGGAGCCGUCUGUCCUGCUCUUGGCUGACCUCUAUUAUCAGAGAUUAUCCUUAUGUGGCUGCAAAGGACUGCUUUCUGAGGAUACCUUAAUGGAAUUAUUCCCCAAGUUACAAGCAAAUAUUUCAACUGGCAUCUCCAAGAUACGACUUUUGACGAUACGAAUCCUAAACCACUUUGAAGUGAGACUUCCAGAACUGAUGGAGGAUGACAGUCUUACAGAACGCCAGUCAGUCUUUGCUGUAUUACGCCAGGCAGAGCUUGUUCCAGCAACUGUAAAUGACUACAGAGAGAAGCUUCUUCAUUUGAGAAAACUAAGGCAUGAUGUGGUACAGACUGCUGUCCCUGAUGGGCCACUACAGGAGGUGCCGCUUCGUUAUUUAAUAGGCAUGUUGUAUAUAAACUUCAGUGCUCUCUGGGAUCCUGUUAUUGAACUCAUAAGUUCUCAUGCUUAUGAAAUGGAGAACAAGCAAUUUUGGAAAGUCUACUAUGAACAUCUAGAAAAAGCAGCCACAUAUGCUGAGAAAGAAUUACAAAUUGAUAGACAUGGUGAGAUCUCCACUGGAGAUCAAAGUUGGGAGCAGCCUCUAGAAGGAGACUUAGGAACACUUUAUUUUAAGCAAUUAGCUCUGAAGACUGACUGUCAGGAAAGACUGGACCACACCAACUUUCGAUUCUUGCUUUGGAAAGCUCUGGCAAGAUUCCCAGAGAGGGUAGAACCACGAUCCAGGGAGCUUUCUCCACUCUUCUUGAGAUUUAUCAACAAAGAGUAUUAUCCAGCUGAUCUACAAGUUGCUCCAACCCAAGAUCUUCGAAGGAAAAGCAGAGGGGUAGCUGCAGAGGAAAUGGAAGAAGAACCAGCUGCUGGAGAUGAUGAAGAGUUGGAGGAGGAGGAAGCCCCCCAAGAUGAGCCUUCACAGAAGAAAAAGACCAGAAGAGCUGCAGCAAAGCAGUUAGUUGUUCAUUUGCAAGUUUUCUCUAAAUUUUCAAAUCCACGGGCCUUAUACCUGGAAUCCAAAUUAUAUGAACUAUAUCUUCAGUUGUUGCUACAUCAAGAUCAAACAGUGCAAAAGAUAACCCUGGAUUGCAUAAUGACUUACAAACAUCCGCAUAUCCUCCCUUAUAGGGAAAAUUUACAAAGACUACUUGAAGACAGAAGCUUUAAGGAAGAGAUAGUGCACUUCAAUAUUUCAGAAGAUAACACAGUAGUGAAAGCAGCCCACCGAGCAGAUCUGUUUCCUAUUCUGAUGAGAAUUCUGUAUGGACGAAUGAAGAAUAAGACUGGGAGUAAAACUCAAGGGAAAUCAGCUUCAGGCACCCGUAUGUCCAUUGUUCUGAGAUUCCUUGCAGGAUCCCAACCAGAGGAGAUCCAGGUAUUCUUGGACUUGCUCUUUGAACCUGUGAAGCACUUCAAGAAUGGUGAAUGUCAUUCUGCUGUCAUUCAAGCAGUAGAAGAUUUGGAUUUGUCCAAGGUGCUUCCUUUAGGGCGUCAACAUGGUAUCUUAAAUAGUCUUGAAAUUGCCCUGAAGAAUAUUAGUCAUCUGAUCAGUGCAUACUUACCAAAGAUUUUGCAAAUACUGCUUUGCAUGACAGCAACUAUCUCACAUAUCCUUGAACAACGAGAGAAGAUACAACUGAGGCUUAUUAACCCACUGAAAAACUUAAGACGUCUUGGAAUCAAAAUGGUAACUGAUAUUUUCUUGGAUUGGGAAUCCUAUCAAUUCAGAACAGAAGAAAUUGAUGCUGUAUUCCAUGGUGCAGUUUGGCCCCAGAUCAGCAGACUUGGAUCUGAGAGUCAGUAUUCUCCAACCCCAUUGCUGAAACUAAUCAGUGUUUGGAGCAGAAAUGCAAGAUAUUUCCCCUUUCUGGCUAAACAGAAACCUGGGUACCCAGAAUGUGACAUCUUGACCAACGUUUUUGCAGUUCUCUCCGCAAAGAAUCUUUCUGAAGCCACCGCCAGUAUUGUGAUGGAUAUAGUCGAUGAUCUUCUUAACCUUCCAGAUUUUGAGCCCUCAGAAGCAGUUCUGAGCUUGCCAGUAACUGGAUGUGUAUACACAGACAAAAAUGCAGAUGAGUCUAUUACAAUGGGAGGACGAUUAAUUCUACCUCAUGUACCUGCAAUUCUCCAAUAUCUCAGCAAAACCACAAUAUGUGCAGAAAAGGUGAAAAAGAAAAAAAACAGGGCACAAGUCAGUAAAGAGCUUGGCAUCCUGUCAAAGAUCAGCAAGUUCAUGAAAGAUAAAAAACAGAGUUCCCUACUCAUUACACUUCUCCUUCCUUUCCUCCAUCGUAGCAAUAUUGCUCAGGAUACCGAGCUUGAUAUUCUGGUGACCAUACAAAAUCUUUUAAAACAUUGUCUGGAUCCUACAAGCUUCCUCAAGCCUCUAGCAAAGCUCUUUUCAACUAUUAAGAACAAGUUGUCAAGACAAUUGCUCUGUACAGUUUUCCAGAUGCUAUCUGAUUUUGACAGUGAAAUAAAAUAUAUAACUGAAGUUGUCAAGCUUAAUGCAUUUGAUCAAAGACAUCUUGAUGACAUCAACUUUGAUGUUCGCUUCUCAGCAUUCCAGGCCAUCAUGUCUUACAUUAAAGAGAUGCAAACUGUGGAUGUAAAUUACCUGAUUGCAGUUAUGCAUAAUUGUUUCUAUAAUCUGGAGUUAGGAGACAUGUCCUUAAGUGAUAAUGCCAACAUGUGCUUGAUGAGCAUCAUCAAAAAACUAGCUGCUUUGAAUGUCACAGAGAAAGAUUAUAGAGAAAUCAUUCAACGCUCCCUGCUGGAAAAAUUGAGGAAAGGACUGAAGAGCCAGACAGAGAAUAUUCAACAAGAUUAUACCACACUGCUUUCUUGUUUAAUUCAAACCUUUCCAAAUCAACCAGAAUUUAAAGACUUGGUACAGCUUACUGAUUGCCAUGAUCCCGAGUCAGACUUCUUUGAGAAUAUGAAGCAUAUUCAGAUCCACAGAAGAGCAAGAGCCUUGAAAAAACUGGCAAAACAGUUAAUGGAAGGCAAAAUCAUGCUGUCUUAUAAAUCUCUUCAGAAUUACAUCAUGCCUUAUGCCAUGACUCCAAUUUUUGAUGAGAAAAUGCUCAAGCAUGAAAAUAUAACCAUUGCUGCCACAGAAAUUAUUGGAGCUGUUUGCAGACAUCUCUCUUGGCCAGCAUAUAUCUAUCACUUGAAACAUUUCAUUCAUGUCUUACAGACAGGACAGAUCAAUCAGAAAUUAGGUGUCAGUUUGCUAGUAACAGUGUUAGAAGCAUUCCACUUUGACCACAAAAGUCUUGAAGAACAAAUGAGAAAACUUCAAAAUAAAGAUACAGUAGAAGUGAUUGAGUUAUCGGAACAUGAAGCCAUGGAAUUGGAGCACGUGGAUGAAGAAGAGAAAGAAAAAGAAUGUGAGGAUGUGUCAGACACCAGUGAAGACAAGAAAACCCCUGAUCCAGCUGGCGAUGAAGGGAUAGUAACUGAGGAAUCUGAGUGUAUCACUACGUCCAUCUCUUCCCUUCCUCAGAAUAAGGAAGAAUUGGAGAGAACAAUUAAAAACAUCCAAGGAACUAUCACUGGGGAUAUCCUGCCCAGACUACAUAAAUGCCUUGCAUCUACGACUAAAAGGGAAGAAGAACACAAGCUCAUAAAAUCAAAGGUUGUGAAUGAUGAGGAAGUAGUUCGUGUUCCAUUAGCUUUUGCCAUGGUUAAACUAAUGCAGUCCUUGCCACAUGAGAUAUUGGAAGCUAAUCUGCCAAGCAUUUUGCUGAAAGUCUGUGUCCUCCUCAAGAACAGAGCACAGGAAGUCAGAGACAUUGCACGCAGCACUCUGGCAAAAAUAAUAGAAGAUCUGGGCGUCCACUACCUACAGUAUGUUUUAAAAGAAUUACAGAGUACCCUUGUCCGUGGAUAUCAGGUCCAUGUGCUGACUUUCUCUGUUCACAUGUUGCUGCAAGGUCUCACCAAGAAACUUCAAGUUGGGGAUUUGGACUCUUGCUUAAAUAUAAUGAUUGAGAUUUUUAACCAUGAAUUGUUUGGUGCUAUUGCUGAAGAGAAAGAAGUAAAGCAGAUCCUAUCCAAAGUCAUGGAGGCACGAAGAAGCAAGAGUUAUGAUUCUUAUGAAAUUCUGGGCAAAUUUAUAGGAAAAGAUCAGGUCACGAAACUUAUCAUUCCUCUAAAAGAGAUCUUACAAAAUACCACGAGUUUAAAACUGGCUCGCAAAGUUCAUGAAACAUUACGCCGAAUCAUAGCAGGAUUAAUUAUGAACCAGGAAAUGACAGCAGAGUCCAUCCUUUUGCUCAGUUAUGGCUUGGUCAGCGAAAAUCUGCCCCUGUUAACAGAGAAAGAAAAAACUCCAGCAGCUCCUGCACCAGAUCCCCGUCUGCCACCUCAAAGCUGCCUUCUGCUCCCUCCCACUCCAGGGCGAGGUAGGCAGAAAGCUGUUGUGAGCAGGAAAACCAACAUGCACAUAUUUAUUGAGUCUGGGCUUCAGUUAUUGCAUCUCAGCCUGAAAACCUCUAAAAUCAAGUCUUCAAGUGAACAUGUCCUGGAAAUGUUGGAUCCUUUUGUGUCUCUCCUCAUAGACUGCUUGGGUUCUAUGGAUGUAAAGGUUAUCACAGGUGCUUUACAAUGCCUCAUCUGGGUCUUAAAGUUCCCUCUUCCUUCCAUUGAAACAAAAGUGCAACAGCUGACGAAACACCUUUUCAUUUUGCUGAAAGACUAUGCAAAACUUGGUGCUGCUAAGGGCCAGAACUUCCACCUGGCAGUAAAUUGUUUCAAGUGUGUGACCAUACUUGUGAAAAAAGUGAAGUCUUACAGGAUAACUGAAAAGCAGCUUCAAGUUCUACUAGCAUAUGCUGAGGAGGACAUUUAUGAUACUUCAAGACAAGCCACUGCAUUUGGUCUUCUGAAGGCCAUUUUAUCCAGAAAGUUAUUGGUCCCAGAAAUUGAUGAUGUCAUGCGGAAAGUCUCGAAGCUGGCAAUUUCUGCACAAAGCGAGCCUGUCAGAGUCCAGUGCAGACAGGUUUUUCUGAAAUAUAUUCUUGACUAUCCCCUGGGUGACAAAUUGAGACCAAACUUGGAAUUCAUACUCGCUCAGCUGAAUUAUGAACAUGAGACCGGCAGAGAGUCCACCUUGGAAAUGAUUGCUUUUCUCUUCGACACAUUUCCUCAGGGACUGCUUCAUGAGAACUGCGGAAUGUUCUUUAUCCCUCUUUGUCUUAUGAUGGUGAAUGAUGACUCUGCAACAUGCAAAAAGAUGGCAUCAAUGGCGAUCAAAUCCUUACUCAGUAAAAUCAGCCUAGAGAAGAAAGAUUGGCUUUUUGAUAUGGUUAUCAAUUGGUUUGGAGCAAAAAAGAGCUUAAACAGACAACUAGCUGCCCUGAUCUGUGGCUUAUUUGUGGAAUGUGAAGGAAUCACUUUUGAGAGAAGACUUGGAAAAGUUCUCCCUGUAAUUGAAAAGGAAACUGAUCCUGAAAACUUUAAAGAUAUCAUAGAAGAAAAUGAAGAAAAAGCUGCAGAUCGCCUUCUGUUUAGUUUUCUCACAUUGAUAAGUAAACUCAUCAAGGACUGUAAUAUUAUUCAGCUUACAAAGCCCUCUGAAACUUUGAGCAAAAUCUGGAGUCAUGUGCACUCACACCUGAGACAUCCACAUAACUGGGUGUGGCUCACCGCAGCCCAAAUAUUUGGGCUGCUUUUUGCCUCCUGCCAGCCAGAGGAGCUGAUUAGAAAGUGGAGUGCCAAAAAGAAAAAGAAAUUCUCAGGACCUGUAGCCAUUGGGUUCUUAACAACUGACCUCCACCAAAAGAUGAAAAGUAUCUCUCUAGCAUCUUGUCAUCAAUUGCAUUCCAAAUUCUUGGAUGAGUCUCUAGGAGAACAGGUUGUAAAGAAUUUGUUGUUCAUAGCCAAAGUCUUAUAUUUACUGGCACCUAAUUCAGAGGAUAAACAAGGUGAGUUAAAAGAAAGAUUAGGAAAUGGAGAAACUCAAAAAGCCUGUGCAGAGAAUACAGACUCUGAGCAAGAAGAGAAUGAAGAGGAAGAAGAGCACAGCAACCCGGCCACACUACUGUGGCUAAUCCUGAAGUUAUCUCGGAUAGCAAAGCUGGAGGCUUCUUACUCACCUAGAAACCCCUUAAAGAGAACGUGCAUCUUGAAGUUUCUUGGAGCUGUCGCCUUGGAUCUUGGAGUUGAUAGAGUGAAGCCGUAUCUCCAAGUCAUCAUAGCUCCAUUGUUCCGAGAAUUGAACAGUACUUAUUCGGAUCAGGAUCCUUCACUGAAGAAUCUAUCCCAGGAAAUCAUAGAACUACUCAAAAAGCUUGUUGGACUUGAGAGCUUCUCAUUAUCCUUUGCCUCAGUACAGAAACAGGCGAAUGAGAAGAGGGCACUUCGGAAAAAGAGGAAGGCUCUGGAGUUUGUAACUAAUCCUGAUAUUGCUGCCAAGAAAAAGCUGAAGAAACACAAAAAUAAAAGUGAAGCAAAGAAGAGAAAGAUAGAAUUCUUACGUCCAGGCUAUAAGGCCAAGAGACAGAAGACCCACAGCCUAAAAGAUUUGGCAAUGGUGGAGUAAAGAGCUCACUGUGCUGAUACACUUGGUGUCAUAACUCCAAAACACGAACUUUCUGAUAUAUUCUGCUGAUCUGAAAUCAUGGCAGAUUUAUUUAAGUUAGCCUUUGGUAAAAAUUGUAUAUUAGACAGUUUAAUAUAGUCAUGCGGAUAUUUUUAUAAUUAAAAAAGUCAUACUCCUGUUGUAUCUUCCUGUGUAUAAUGCAUAUGAGUACUAGUAGUAAUGUUAUUACUUAUCUUAUUUUUGUAACAAACAGUGCUCACCUCUGGCUUAAGAUGAUGCUGGGGAUUGAACCUGAGACCUCAAGCACCUCAGGUCUUUUGCAUUAUCAUUAUGCUAUCUCCUCAACCCAGUGAUAGUGUUAAGUGUAUUUAUAUACUUUAAGAAAAUGUAGACGUUAAGACAAAAGCAAGCAAAUGACUAAUCCUUAACCUUUAUGGAGAAAAUGAUAAAAGUAUACUCAAAGACAUUAAGAUCUGCAGAAAUGGAAGACUAUAAUGAUGUCUGUCAUAAGAUACUAUUUCUUCCCAGGUUCCUAUUAGUUCAAUGCAUAAUUCAUUUAGAGUACUUUUAUAUUAGCCCAAGAAACUAAUUCUAAAAUGUAUAUAGAAAGUAGUUAAGAAUAACCACUAUGGGCAGGGGAGACAGCAUAAUGGUUAUGCAAACAAACUCUGAUGCCUAAGGCUCCUAAACCCCAGGUUCAAUCCCCUGCACCACCAUAAGCCAGAGCUGAGCAGUGCUCUGGUGUUUCUCUCUUCUGCAUUUCUCUUAAAAAUAGAAUAAAUAAAGUACAUAAAGCAAUGUACUCUCAAGCAUGAGAUCCCAAGUUCAGUCCCUGGCAUUGCAUGUGUCAGAAUAAUGCUCUGAUUCUCUCUCACUAAUAAAAAUUGCUGGACAAGUAGGUUUUAUUGUAUCAACUAUAUUUGAUAAUUUUUGUAUCAUUUCUAUAUUUGACACCAAUAAUUAAUUAAGGAGAUGUAAAUAUUGAAAUGAAAUUCAACUUGAAUUCUUCAUAUUAUAGAGACUGGCAAAAAAAAAAAAUGCUGACAAGCAAGCAUGGUAAAACAAUGGCAACUUUUUUUAUUUUCCUUUUUGGAAGAUUAAUGGUUUACAGUUGACAGUGAAAUACUUUUAAGAUGCAUAACAUUUCCCAGUUUUCCAUGUAAUAAUUCAACUCCCACUAGGUCCUCCUCUGCCAUCAUGUUCCAGAACCUGAACCCUCCCCCCCACCCUAGUCUUUUACUUUUGUGCACAAUGGCAACUCUUAUAUACCACACUUGUAAACAACUUGGUAUUACCUCAUUCAACCUCAUGGGUGUCUUUGUCCUUAACUUCACUCUAUACUUUGUGUGGAAGCUGUGUUUCUUCACACUGAGGUGUAGAGGGCGAGAAAAA